GCUCCCGGGUAGGAGGGGGUCAAAGGAAACGGUGAUCAUCACCCGCCAAGGGGAGGGGUGCUCUCCCUUCCUUUCUCUCAGUCUGCACCCCGGCAUCCCCUUCCACCUUCUCGGGGUCUCCCCUCCACCCCCCGCCCGCCCCUUGUUGCUAAGGCCCGGACCGUCAUCCCAGCAACAGCCUCAGUCAUGUGACCGGCAAUGGCGGCGCUGACGAGAGCUCUAGCCAGCUGAAGGUGGAGGUGGAGGGACUUCUGCUACCAUUGUCCCCGUGGCCUUUUCAGGUCACAGGAUCUCCGAGUAUCAGGGGGACAAGAGAGCGGCCUGCAUGCCAAUUCUAAGCUCCUCAGGAUCAAAUGUCGUUCGUCCUGUCCAGAAUGGCGGCCUGUGGAGGCUCCUGCAAGAGCAAAGUGACCGUCUCCAAGCCUGUGUGGGACUUCCUGAGCAAGGAGACCCCAGCCCGGCUGGCCCGGCUUCGGGAGGAGCACCGAGUGUCCAUCCUCAUAGAUGGCGAGACUUCCGACAUCUAUGUGCUCCAGCUGUCCCCACAGGGUCCUCCCCCAGCCCCUCCCAAUGGGCUCUACCUGGCCAGGAAGGCUCUCAAGGGGCUCCUGAAAGAGGCCGAGAAAGAGCUGAAGAAAGCUCAGAGGCAGGGGGAGCUCAUGGGCUGCCUGGCUCUGGGGGGUGGAGGGGAGCAUCCUGAGCUACACCGCCCAGGCCCGCCUCCUCUCCGAGCAGCCCCACUCCUGCCCCCAGGGGCAAGAGGGCUCCCCCCUCCUCCUCCUCCCCUGCCCCCUCCGCUCCCUCCUCGGCUCAGAGAGGACGCUGAAGAGCAGGAAACCACCUGCCCCAUUUGCCUGGGGGAGAUACAGAAUGCCAAGACACUGGAGAAGUGCAGGCACUCCUUCUGUGAGGGCUGCAUCACACGGGCCCUGCAGGUGAAAAAGGCCUGCCCCAUGUGCGGCCGAUUCUACGGGCAGCUGGUAGGCAACCAGCCCCAGAACGGGCGGAUGCUGGUCUCCAAGGACGCCACCCUCCUGCUGCCCAGCUACGAGAAGUACGGCACCAUUGUCAUCCAAUAUGUCUUCCCGCCUGGUGUCCAGGGGGCUGAACACCCCAACCCAGGAGUUCGGUACCCUGGUACCACACGGGUGGCCUACCUCCCGGACUGCCCCGAGGGCAACAAGGUGCUGACCCUGUUCCGAAAGGCAUUUGACCAGCGUCUCACCUUCACUAUUGGCACGUCCAUGACUACAGGGAGACCCAAUGUCAUCACUUGGAACGACAUCCACCACAAGACCAGCUGCACAGGGGGACCCCAGCUGUUUGGGUAUCCGGACCCAACCUACCUGACUAGGGUGCAAGAGGAGCUGAGAGCCAAGGGUAUCACAGACGACUGAAGGAUGGACGGAAGGACGGACGGCUCCUUUGCCGAGGCCCCACGCUGUCCUCUACUAGGAUCCAAGGAAGCCUCUGCUCCUCUCUCUGCCCCAGCGCCACCCAUGAGGGGAUAUGUCUGACUGGGGUGGAAGCUCAGAGGGGAAGGGGACAGUCCCUUCCCCUCCCCGCCCUUGGCCAAGUGCUUCAGUGCCCUUCGAGCCACUCCCCUGUGGCAGAGGCCGGUUUCCAAGGCUCCCCUCCCCACACUCCGUGUACAUAUUCUCUCUGCCCCUGCUUCUCCAGUGUCCUUGGCUUUCCCUGGUAUGUACCGUGCUCCGGUGGCUAAGCUGAGGAAGGGCCUGGCUAGGAAGGAUGGGGUCUCUUGAGCUCCAGCCCCUGAAUACUGUCUCACCUCGGACUGAUAUUAGCUGCCUCCCCCAGCCAGCUGCGUGUUAAGAUAACAGUAGUCCUACCUUAAGGGAUCCUUCUCUCUCUCCCGUGUCUGUCUCUGUCAGUCUGUCUUUCUCUCGAUCUUCUCUGCCCCUAUAAGGAGCCUCCUUACCCCCCACCCCCAAAUCUGGAAUUGCUGCCAGACUGUAGCUUUUAAUUUAAUAAAAAUAAAGUGAAAUAUGCAACUCUA